UGCCCCUUCCUUUUCUCCUUUAGUAUCUUCUUUAAUGCUUUAAAGCAGAACUACUAAGUCAUAAAACGCAGCGCUUUGGUCCGGAGAUCCGUCGGUCGGAAAGUAACAAUCUUUAUUGUCUACAGAAUUUGUUCGUUUCUCCGACAAACCCCACGAGAGAGAAAGAGAGAGAGACAUCGAUGGAGAAGAGCACGCAGGAGACAGUCAAGAACGAGAAAGUAAAACCUGAGAAGGAGCUGCGUGGCGGAUUGAGUCAACUCAGAGACGAAGAAUCACUGGGGACUAUCGGUGAUGAUAUGGAAGAUGUACAUGACGAGGCGAUACGAGAAGUACUAGCUAAGGAUCAGGUUGAAGAUGUUCGAGAAAAUUCACCUGUGGAAUCAAAUGAGCAAGAUGUAAGAGAGGUGAAGGAGACAGAUAGCGGUAAGGAAAAUGUUGUAAGUGAGGUUGUGCCGGUUGAUGAAAUUGCUGUAGAAAACCGCGAGGUGGAACCAUCUCCUACCCUGAAUGCAUCGUCAGACUCAUCAAUGGUGGAGCCACCUCUACCUUCGGAUCCUUCAGCUUCCCAAAGUCAAGGUUUAUCACUGCUAGAGCAGAAAUCUGAUUCUCAGGUAGUCAACAACUUGUCUGUUUCUCCGCCGGUUCUGAGGACAGAUUGCGGCAAGGAAGAUGUUGUUAGUGCGGUUGCUCCUGUUGAUGAAGUUGCAGUCAAAAACUGUGAGGUGGACACAUCAGUGAUGGAGCCAUCUCUACCUUCGGAUCCUUCAGCUGCCAAAGGUCAAGGUCUAUCACUGCUAGAGCAAAAAUCUGAUUCUCAGGUGGUCAACAACUUGUCGGUUUCUCCGGUUCUGAGGACAGAUAGCGACAAGGAAGAUAUUGUAAGUGUGGUGGCUCCGGUUGAUGAAGUUGCUGUAGAAAACCUUGAGGUGGAAACAUCUCCUGCUCUGACUCCAUCGUCAGACCCAUCAAUGGUGGAGCCAUCUCUUCCUUCGGAUCCUUUAGCUGCCAAAAGUCAAGAUCAAUCACUACUACAGAAAAGUUAUGAUUCUCGGGUGGUCAUGAACUUGUCGGUUUCUCCGGCUCUGAGGACAUCGCCACGUGAUGGUUACAAUUGGAGAAAAUAUGGGCAGAAGCAGGUUAAGAGUCCCAAGGGCUCAAGGAGCUACUAUAGGUGUACCUACUCUGAUUGUUGUGCUAAAAAAAUCGAAUGCUCCAACGAUUCAGGAAACAUGGUAGAGAUUGUUACCAAAGGUUUGCAUAGUCAUGAACCUCCCUGGAAGAGUAGCUUCUCCCCGAGAGAGAUCAGAGCUGCAUCAGCUGUUACGCCUGUUUUAGAGGUUGAUACAGUAGUAGCAACAGUCCCUAGCGUUUCAGCUACGCCCCCUCCAACUAAAGAAAACAUUUGCCAGUCGCCAACAACCGUUGAACGGAAGAGAACUUGCGAGAACGAAGCUGUGGAAGAACCAGAGCCAAAACGGAGGUUAAAAAACGACAACACACAAAGUUCAGAUUCUGUCUCUAAACCUGGAAAGAAACAUAAACUAGUAGUUCACGCAGCUAGAGAUGUUGGUAUCUCAAGUGAUGGAUACAGAUGGCGUAAGUACGGGCAGAAAAUGGUGAAGGGGAAUCCUAAUCCGAGGAAUUACUAUCGAUGCACUUCUGCUGGUUGUCCUGUCCGCAAACACAUUGAGACAGCAGUAGGUAACACAAGAGAUGUCGUAAUCACAUACAAAGGAGAACACAACCACGAUACUCCAGUGCCAAAGAAACGCCAUGAUACACCUAGCUCAGUGUUGUUAUCCCCAGCAUCAAUGAGAACUAGGUUGGAGGAUCAGGUGAACAUUCCCUCCUCCUCAAGCCAGUGCUCGGUGGGACGAGAAAGUGAGAAGCAGAGCAGUGAAGCAUUGGAUGUUGUUGGUGGCUAGAAAGUGUGAUGGAAUAAUAGUCUUUGGAUUCGAAAAUAAAGCAAUGCUGAUUGUAUGUAUUUUAGAUUUGAUCAACUGACUCCAUUUUCAGUCUCCUUGUUCUUGUUAUAUAAUAAAACAAAACAAAACUCAUGAAGUUGUCUAUUAACCUAUUAUUAAGAAUAAUAAUCAGGUUUUGUGUUUAAUAAUUA